AAGCAACAAGUUACUGCAGUUCUACACGCGGGUAUUUCCGAGAUAAUGGGUAUCUGGUGCCAAAAAGUUGAAACUUUUGCAAAAACUAGCUAACAUUUUCUUAAAAACGAUGUAUUUAUAGCUCUUUUUUUUUAAUCUGAAGAGACUACAGGCUUUCCUCCCAAGGGAAAGUGAAGAAGGUGGUCAAGGACACCUGAGCAUAAUUUAUUUUUUCUGCAAUGGAUUUUUUUACUGGGCCAAAACUUUUGGAUUUUAAGAAUUCACCGCCACAUCUUCAGUUCAACAAGUAUGUGCUGACAGGAUACCGGCCUAUAUCCACUUACAGAGACUGUCUGCGAAGUUUGUUCUAUCUGCACAAUGAAUUUGGGAACAUCUAUACACAUGGUAUCCCCUUCAUCUGUUUUUUGCUGUUUUUGCCUUUGAGUAUCCCAUGGGAUGAAGUCGAUGAGUGGUGGAUAGGAGUGGUGCAUUAUUUGGCUUGUCUGUCUCCCACUGUUUUUUCAGUCUUCUAUCAUCUCUUCAUGAACCAUGAGGGUGGAGCACCUAUUUAUGACACGCUGCUGUGCUUCGACAUGUUUGGCGUCUGUCUCGUCAACACUCUUGGUGCUCUGCCAAUCAUUCACAUAACUUUGUUGUGUCACCCAUCCUUUCAUCAUGUGGCGAUGUUGGCGUACCUCCUCCUCUCUGGCUACGGUGUUCACUGCGCCGUCACAGCACGGAGCAACGUCCACCGGCUGCAAUCUUUUGCCUGGCAGGCAGUAUUUCGCUUCGUUCUCUUUAUGUUACGUCUCACUGGUGCUGGCAGAGGAAGUCCCGCCUCCCUUCGCCUCUACCUCACCAUGGAUACUCUUGCAUUGCUAGGAGGACUAGUCAAUAUUUCCCGCUUACCAGAGCGCUUCAGACCUGGUGGGUUUGACUACUGGUUUAACAGUCACCAGAUUAUGCACAUCAUGGUCGUCCUGUCCAUUAUGUACUUACACUGGGGCAUGCUGGAGGAUUUAACAUGGUUAAAGGGAUAUCACUGUCCCAGUGAAUAAACUUCAAGGUGAUAAAUCAUCAAGAUAUUGAAAGAACUGCAGGGAAAUGAUGGUACUAUGUUAUAGUGCCGAUAUCAGUUGUUAAUGCCAUGGUAAUGCCUUUAAAAUAAUUAAUAUUUACAACUACCAAGUGAUAUGAAUUUGCACUACAGAUGUUAAUGGCACACAACCUGGGCAUCAACAACAAAUGAUAGGGAAACAAUAUGUUAACUUUUAAAGGUUGAUAAUCUACUAUAUGGUUAGUUGCACUGAAGAAUAUUUGCAUUUAGCACUGUUUUCCAUGUCUGCGGCCAUAUUAAAACAGUCCUACAACCUACAACUAAAACCUACAAUUUUAGUUGAGAAACACAGAAUACCAUGGUACAAAUCCUAAAAAAGCUUUGUAAGCGCUUUUCAAAAAUUAAAAGCUAUAUUUGAAUUUUUCGGCAAAAUAUUGAAUAAUGAAAUGUGAAAUAAUGCACUUUAUCCUCCUAACUUUUGGAAAUCAGAUGGAGAUGAUUGUAUUGUGGAUGGCACUACUGUUGAAUCUGAUGCUUUCUAUUUACAUGGUGCUACAUAUGUCAAAUAUGAAAUGUAUAUCAGUGUAAAAUAUUACUUGAAUUAAACAAGCUGGACUUGAAUGUCUUUGAAAGCCUUUCCUGCAAGUCACUGAAGUAUACCAACUAGCCACACAUUAGGAAAUUAGUUUACAUUAAAGAGUAUGCACUAAUAUUUUCCAUUUUCAAUGCUGUAAAAUUUGAAAAAAGGUGUUAUAACUUCAACAUUACAUAUUCUAUCGUAAUUGCACAGUAGUCAUAUUUUGUACAUGCAGCUUUGUUAUUUUAUUGCAAAUGAAAUACAACUUCAUUCAUUUCAAUAAAUCUAAAGUCAAUAUUGAUGCUGCAUCUACUGCGUUCGACGUCUUUUCACACUGACAUACCUCCAACUUGAAAACUCAGGGCUUAAAUGAGUUUCUCUCUUAUAAAUAUGACUUUGUAGUGCAAUUUAUGUACACAACUUGAAUGUCAUCAUCAAUAAAGAAGCUACAUAUUGACUGGAACCUG